UCUACCAAACCCUAAACUUUACUCUUUUCUCCUUUCUUCUCUACCAAACCCUAAACUUUACUCUUUUCUCCUUUCUUCUCUACCAAACCCUACGAAAGAAGGUUUUCUCUCAACAUUUCUUCCCUUUCUUCCUUUCUCAAUCUCAUCACUUUUUAAUCUCCCCUUGGCUUCCAGUCAAAACCUUCAUAUUCCCCACCUUCACCAUCGCCGCCGUGAAAUCCGCCUUCCAGAGGCUCCGACUACUCCGAUAAUGAUAUGAAAAUUAGGGAUGAUAAGGAAAUUGAGGCCACCGUUGUUGAUGGAAACGGUACUGAAACAGGCCAUAUAAUUGUAACAACCAUUGGUGGAAAGAAUGGCCAACCAAAGCAGACUAUCAGUUACAUGGCCGAGCGAGCUGUAGGACACGGUUCUUUUGGAGUUGUAUUUCAGGCAAAAUGCUUGGAAACUGGUGAAACAGUUGCAAUUAAAAAGGUUCUUCAGGACAAGAGGUACAAGAAUUUGAACUUCCUCCUUUUCUAUGUACCCUUUUGCUCAAAUAUUCUGGGAAUCUCUUAUUCUUUACUUUUUCUUCACUUUUCCCCAGUGUUCAUAUUCUAUCCUUUUAACCACCUGCAUUGUUCUUACUAUAGAGACUUAGUUUUAUAAUGAAUAUAUAACAGUUUACAAUUGUAUAAAUUUAUCUUAUCCUAGAAGCAACACUUUUGGGAUAAGCCUGGUAGUGAUAAAUUAUAACUUUGGACCAUUAAUAUUUACAUUUAGAAGUAUAUUAAUGCAAUAAAAAAUGAAAAAGACGCAUACAAACUAAUUGGUUUAUUUGAAACUCUGUGGUCUGAAAUUUUAUUGGUGAGAAAUAUUGCAUUUCAAUAAUGGCAGUAGAAGAAUCUUUCCAUAAUGAUGGUGUGUAGGGGCAUGGGAACAGCAGCAAACUCAGUAGUUUCCCACCGUUAAAAAAAACAGGUAAUAUUUGAUAUCUCUGCAGUAGACAAAACAUAUAUGGCUUUCUGAUCUUUGCCUUCAGUUUUGUUUGCUUUAUGGCUCUAUCUCUAACACUGACUGCAAUGGGGCAUAUACCAAAGCAAUGCGUGGAGAGUGGCCAAAGUGUACCUUUUGCUGCUGGUGCCGGAGAUACCAACAUUUGUGGUGGUAUUGUUCAGUUGUAUUGGGAAAGGAUUCUGGGACGAAGCUUAGAUUUAAAUGGCCAAGUUCGUCAAAUUGCCCUCAAGGUAAAAAGUUCUGGAUUAUGAUUCUACUAGAAAGCUGUCUGUGACAACCAUCUUAACCUGGACGACUUUUUUGUGGAUACUUUAAUGUGAAUGUAUUUCCAGGCCAUAGUAAGCUUGUGGGUUGGUGCUGUGAUUAGUAGCUGGUGCAAUUUCAUAACUGUCUUGUAUGUUGGUAAGUGUUUAUAGAUUUUGCUUCUCAAAACAUUUACAUCUUUAAUUUCUUUGAUGAUAUAUAUCAUUUACCUAUAACCACUAAAGAGAUUUAGAGUGUUUUUGGUUGAUUUAGAUAUUUGAUAUCAUUUAGAUAUUUGUACAAUAGUGUUCUUUGAGCGUUCCGAUAUUAUAUGUAGAUAACAAUUGUUUUUGUCGUGCUUGAUUGAAUGUAGAUAACUGUAUAUUUUUCCAGGUCAUUUUCUACUAGAGGAGGAUGAUAAGUUUCUAGAUAAGGUUUGAGCUACAGUUCAGGAAGAGGAAUGUCAAGCCCUUGCUGCAUUUGGUGCCUGUUUCCAAUAUUAAUAAUUGUUUGAAGAAGCAUUUUCGAGACCUUUAAAAUGUCGUGAUUUUUGAAUUUAUAUAAUUAUGUUUGGUUGCAGUUAAUUUUACAAGCGUGUUUUCAUUGUUGGUGGAAUCAGACUUGAAUAAUAUGAGAUUUAUGUGCUUUAAGAUAUGAAUGGGAUUUAUUGUUGCUUUAAGAUA